GAAAUCUUCACACUAUUAAACAAUAAGACAAGAUGAAUUCUUCAAAGACUCGUGGCAGUUCCCACAGUUCCUUAGAAACUGUGUUUAACAUUGUUCUGCUGGGAAAAGCUGGGACUGGAAAGAGCGCAUCUGCAAACACCAUCCUGGCUGCAGAGAACACCCACCGGUCAAUCCUUCCAACCCUGAUUACUGGGAACUCCCACCAGGAUUCAAACACACAAUUCAAAUCCUACCCAAGUUCCACACCAGUCACCACCAUGUGUGAGGUCAAAAUGAUGAAGGUCGGAGCACAAUUUGCAGUUGUUGACACCCCAGAUUUCUUUUAUGAAGAGGACUGUGUGCAGGAAGGACAACUGGAGCAGUGUAAGAAGUACUGUCAGCCAGGGCAGUGUGUGGUGUUACUUGUGAUACAGCUGGGUAGGUUCACAGAUGGUGAGAGGGGAAUACUGGAGAAUCUGGAGAAACUUCUAGGCUGGAAAAUCAGAGAUAGCACAAUCGUUCUAUUUACACAUGGAGAGGAUCUGCACUGUGAUGUGGAGGAGUUUAUUGGUGAACGGAGUCACCUCAAGCACAUUGUAGAAGCUUGUGGCAAUCGUUACCAUGUAUUCAAGAACACCUCCAAAGAUUCUAAUCAGGCCAUGGCACUCAUCAAGAAAUUUCCUAAUUUUUUUCCAAAGUUUACAUCAAAACACUCAUCUUCACAGUGCUGUUUGUCUUAGCUUUUGCAGAUUUACACCAAAUGCUCAAAGAGCAAAGACAUAACUCUAUGUACCAGUUUAUAACAUACAAGUGUAAUCUUUUGAUGCAUGUUGAGGUUUUUAGCAUUUAGAUACAAUGCUGAUGGGUAAACUAAGGUGUUAUAGCUAUUUUAUAUCUAU